AUCAAAAGCAUCGGCCUUUCUUUUUUCCGUGACGCGACAUCUCCUUUGUUCACAAAGUGCAAACCCCCUCGUAACCCCCUAAUUCUCUAUUCCUCAAACCAGCUUGCAGAUAUGGAUUUUCAAGUGGUAGUAUUGGCGGGAGGCACUUCGAAGAAGCUUGCCCCUCUUGUUUCCAAGGACGUUCCCAAAUCGCUACUCCCAGUGGCGAAUCGCCCAGUGUUAUCCUACGUUUUGGAGCUAUUGGAGCAGAGUAAUCUCAAAGAUCUUAUCGUUGUUGUGGAAGGGGAAGAUACAGAUGGUCUUGUUGAAAAUUGGAUAUCAGAGGCUUAUGUUGAUCGAUUACAUGUUCAGGUUGCUUCUGUCCCAGAGGAAGUUGGUACAGCUGGCGCUCUCCGGGCCAUUGCCCAUCAUUUGACUGCAUCUGACAUCCUGGUUGUGAGUGGUGAUCUUGUUUGUGACAUAUCACCAGGGGCAGUUGCAGCAGCUCAUAGGCGACAUGAUGCUGUAGUGACUGCAAUGUUAUGUUCUUUACCUGUCAGUGGGACCCAGGAAUCAGGCUCUUCUGCUGGAAAAGAUAAAACAAAGAAACCAGGAUGCAUUAAUAUUGUGGGCCUUGACCUCACAGAACAAUUUCUUUUACACAUAGCAGCUGGUAUGGAUGUUGAAAAAGAUAUUAGGGUUCAAAAGAGCAUCCUUCGUGCUGUAGGCAAGAUGGAAAUUCGUGCUGAUUUAAUGGAUGCUCAUUUAUAUGCAUUCAAAAGGUCUGUUCUUCAAGAUGUCCUUAACAAAAAACAAACAUUCAGAAGCUUGAAGCAGGAUGUGUUACCUUAUCUUGUCAAAACUCAACUGAGGUCUGAAAUAUUAUUAAACGGAGCACAAGCUGAAGAAAAUGGAAACGAAAAGGAUGCUUUCAGUAACAAUAAAGUAAUGCUGUCUCAGCUUCUUGCUAAUGCAUCUACACCAAGCUUUCAUGAACUAUACGCCUUGGGCCCCAAUGGAUUUGCUCCAACUGAAAGAAAAACUCAUAAAUGCUGCGUUUAUAUUGCCAACAAAACCACAUAUUGUGCUCGAUUAAAUUCCAUUCAAGCAUUCAGUGACAUCAACAGAGACGUCAUAGGAGAUGCAAGUCAUCUAUCUAGAUGUUCAUUCUCUGUUCACAACAAUGUCAUUCAUCCAUCUGCUGUUCUUGGCUCAAAAACCACAGUUGGACCACAAUGUAUGCUGGGAGAAGGUUCACAAAUGGGGGACAAAUGCAGUGUAAAACGUUCUGUUAUUGGACGUCAUUGUCGGAUAGGAUCAAAUGUGAAGGUACAAUUAAAUAAAACAAUUUGAAUGAAAUGUUAGAGAUUAUUAUUAAUAGAGUGAAUUACUGAAAUUGUCCUUGUGGUUUAGUCAAAAUUGCACGUUUGGUCCCUAACUUUUUUUUUGUACUCAGAUCGUCCCUGUGGUUUGAUUUUGUUGCGUUUUGCGUCCCUGUGG